AUGGAAAGGAAGGGGUUGGAGGAUGGAGUGGGAUACAUCAAGUGUUAUCAACUGGACACUGCUCAAGCAAAGGAGCAAUGUACAUACUUGUUUCCAUCAGGAGAGAGUUGGAGAAUUACCAAGAUCUUCAUUACACAUCUUCAUGGAGACCAUUUCUUUGGCCUUCCUGGCCUCCUCUGCACCAUCAGCCUGCAGAGUGGCUCCAUGGUCACCAAACAGCCUAUUGAAAUCUAUGGCCCUGCAGGGCUUCGGGACUUUAUCUGUCGAACCAUGGAACUCUCUCACACUGAGUUGGUCUUCCCUUAUGUGGUCCACGAGCUGGUGCCUACAGCAGAUCAGUGUCCUACAGAAGAACUGAAAGAAUUUGCACAUGUGAAUAGAGCAGACAGCCCUCCCAAAGAGGGACAAGGAAGAACUAUCGUACUGGACUCAGAAGAAAACUCAUACCUUCUGGUUGAUGAUGAACAGUUUGUUGUAAAGGCAUUUCGCCUCUUUCACCGAAUUCCCUCCUUUGGGUUUUCAGUUGUGGAGAAGAAACGCCCAGGUAAACUCAAUGCACAGAAACUGAAAGACCUCGGUGUUCCUCCAGGUCCUGCCUAUGGGAAGCUGAAAAAUGGAAUUUCUAUUGUUCUGGAAAAUGGAGUUAGAAUUUCUCCCCAAGAUGUCUUAAAAAAACCGAUUGUUGGAAGAAAAAUCUGCAUUUUGGGUGACUGUUCUGGGGUUGUGGGUGAUGGAGGAGUGAAGCUGUGCUCUGAAGCAGACCUGUUGAUCCAUGAAGCGACCCUGGAUGACACCCAGAUAGACAAAGCAAAGGAGCACGGCCACAGCACGCCACGGAUGGCAGCAGCGUUUGCAAAGCUGUGCCAGGCAAAGAGGCUGGUUCUGACUCACUUCAGUCAGAGGUAUAAACCAGUUGCCUUGGCCAGAGAAGGAGAAACAGAUGGGAUCGUGGACCUGAAAAAGCAAGCUGAAUCAGUGUUAGAUCUCCAAGAAGUGACUCUAGCAGAAGAUUUUAUGGUGAUUGGCAUUCCGAUCAAGAAGUGAAAGCAGUGUUCCUGAAUGUGUCCUGACUUGUCUGUGGUCCAUUACUGACCAACAGUCAAGUCCAAAAUUAUUUGGGUCCUAAUUAUCCUGACAAGGAUAGAGCCACAUUGCUGAACUGACUCAGCCAUGAGAGGGAGCAAGCUUUUUGAUAAAUCAUUUUAAAAAGAAAAAAACCCCAGCAUUCUUCUUAAAAGGCCAAACUUGACAUGGUCGGUUACUCAGACCCACGUUGUGUCUUGUGGCUGCUGCCUCAGGUAGAAGCUGGUACCCUGUGCUGCCUGGGUUUAGCUUCUGCCGAACUUCACAAAGUACACGGGGCUCGUCCUUCCUGGCUGAAAAUGGUAUUUUAGCAGUCUGUUGAAUCUGCUCAUGUUAUUAACAGAAUAGAAAUAUAAUGAGAUAUUGGACAUGCAGGAUUGAAGUUGGCAUGUUAAAUCUUGAAUUCUUUACUGGAAAACUGAAUGCAUGAUCAGGCUAGUUGUUUAUCCUUCAAUUAAUAUUUUAUUGAAUUUUCUGGUUUGGUUUAAACCUGUGGUUUUCAGCUAGGGGGUGUACCACUCCCCUAGACAGCAUUUUGAAACUGUAGAUAUGUUUCUUGUCAAAGUGACUGAGGGGGGAAGCGGGACCACAGGGAGUAGUACUGGAAUUUAGUAGGGGCUAAGGAUGCCUGAUCCUAUGAAGUUGGGUCAAUCCUAUACAAUAAGGAAUUCUUUCAACCCAAAAUGGAAGUUGCAGGCCUAUUGUGAUGCACAACAAGUUAGAACUUAUACUCCCAUUGUGAAUAUGUUUUAUCAAAAUUAGUGACAUAAUGAGUUGAACUAAUAGGUAAGUCAGAUUCUCCAACAAAUCCUAAAGAACUAGCUAAAUAAAUAAGUUGAAAUUGGAAUGUCAUGUCAGAUAUUAUUUGACACAAAUGAACCAUGAGCCAGAGCUUAUGAAUUUGGAGGUAAAGAAAUGGUAUCUAUUAGACUGAAGUUUAAUUUGUGAGUCCCAAUUAAUAAUUCUUUGAGCACAAUUUUAAUCAGUUUUCUUUCUAGAAUAGCUUUUUCUUCUGAGCUGUCUGCUACCUCUCUUCUGUCUGCCAUGGGGUAUCUGACUCGUUUGUCUCACUAUAUUUCUCAAAAUGUGUUACCUGGAAAGCUAGUCUCAAGUACUGAUUCACUCAGAAGAGUUUCCUAAUCAAAUCAGUUUAUGGCUAUGUGUCCCUCUGGGAAUGUCUGAUUGCCCAUUGAUACUUAAAAAUGGUACUGCUUGAGUGAUCAUAAAUCAGGCUUUGGUGCCAGAAAGACCUGAUCUCAGAGUCCCAUUCUGUACUUUAUGGUGGUACCUAUGUGGUCUGGAGCAGAUUACUCUAUCUGAGCUUCAAACUGUUCAUUCUAAAAUGGAAAAAAAAGACCUUCCUCAUAGGAUCAUUUUGAAGAUUAACUAAGACAGUUCUUAGGAAGCAUAAUGAUUUGCAUUGAGAAUCCUGCAUAUAGAGGCCUGUCGACUACUGAAUCCCUUUCUCAGUCUUGUUUCAUCAUAUAAUUUCUGUUAACAUCUCAAGAACCUAAAGACUUUAUAUUAAACAUAUUUAGAACUAUUGUCAUGGUAUAUACUGUUAAAUUCCUUUGGGUUCUGGGGCUUUUUUAGUAAAAAAAAUGUUGACUCCUGGAUGGUUCUUGAAUUCCUAGAAUAGCAAUAAUCAUGAUGGGUCUAGUUAUUCAAGACCUCGGUCAUUCUGAAGCAGUCUCCAGAAUCAUCUGAUUCUGGCCUAUUCUAGUUCCUUGGCUCACCAAAGCAACCAAGUUUGACCAGACUUUAAGUGUAUCUUGAUUUCUGAACUCAAUUCAAACAAGCAUUUAUCAGACAGUUAUUGUGUGCCCAAACCUGUACAAGAAGGAAUGGCUAGUACUAGUACCUCUACUGCAUGGAGUUCUUAAGGGCAGACUGUAUCUUAGUUACCUCCACAUUCUUGGAAAUACCUACCCAUAGUAAGCACUCAGAAAUGUUUGUUGAAUGAAAUAAGACUUUGAUACCAUUUCAUACCAUGUGCAAACUUUAGGGCCUGUGCCUAGCCGAUUUCAUUACUGUCUUUGUCCAAAAAAAAAAAUACUCCAAGUUGGUAGUAUCCCAUUCACUGAGAACCAACUACUUAGUUUAAUAAAGCCAGGCUUUACUGUGUUGGAAGUAUGUAAAUGAAUAUAAGAAAAUUCCAGGCUCACUAAGUGUUAGAGACACAUAAGUAAAUUUAAGUAUGUGCACUUCCUUCAAAUGUUCUAAUUUUGUAGCCUAGCACUCAGUUUUUGCUAUUCCUGAUUAUUAUUUGGUAGCUAACUUGAGCUAUGCCCUGAGAAUCAGGCUCUAUUAAUAUAUGUGGGCUAAGCCUUCAGAGACCAUGGGAAUGUGGGAACAAAUUGACAUGUUGGAGCAAUCAGGUGUAGGGGGUCAUUCCAUGGUGAGAAUUCUUUCUUGGACUUUUUAUUCUAGCCUAGAAUUUGUUCUUAAUGGUAGGACACACUAAGAAUUUGUGGAGCUAGGAUUAAGAAUGAUGCUUACAUUGGACUUCCCAGAGCCUGUAAUCUGCUCAUGGUUGUAUAACUCUAAGAGGGGAUUAGAAUAUAUACUGUGUCCCAAAUUUAUUUGAUCACCGAAUUCUCUUCUGCCAAGGAACAUCUUGGAACACUGAGAAAUGCUGUUCCUUAAUACUUCUCAAAGUUUUUUAUGUUUUUUUACCUGCAUAAUUGAGGUGAUGAAUAGAUAGGAUCUAUACUUAGUAUAGUAUUUUCUUUGUUCUAAACUGACACUGAAUUGCCAGGAAUGCAUAGCACUUUCCAGUUCUCAAAUGUGUUUAGACUUGCCCAAAUAGACCGCAAAAUCAAUUCUAUUUAUGAAUACAUGUCUAAUUAGUUCAUAAAAGCAAUGCAUACUUGGUAGAGAUUUUUUUGUAAAGAUUGAAGGAAAGAGCUGCUUCUGCAUGAUUCUGGUCCAGUAGUCCUCAUACCGAGGUAUGAAUCAUUACUCAAGGUAUCACAUAGGUGGACAAGGGUAUGUUAAUAGACAGAUUCCUAGGCCCUGAUACUAAAGACUUUUAAUUCAGUAGGUCUGAGGUAGAAUCCAAGAAUCUGCAUUUUUAAUAAGCCCCUCAGGUGAUUCUGAAGUAUAUCGGUGGCAGACUCUGGGAGAAAAAACUGUCUUUUUUCUAUGCAUUAAAAAAUGGGGGUAUGUAUAGAUAUUUUAUAUAUAUGUAAACAUGUUUGUAUAUGUGUAUAUAUUUAGCACACAUGCCUAUUUUUGUGAGUAGGUUGACUUCAACUUUUUCUCAUUUAACAUUAUGAGCAUUUUCCCAUGACAUUAACUGUUCUUUGAAAGCAUGAAUGAUUUAAUGAUUUUAUAUUCUAUUCUUUAGAUAGAAUUUAACUAUUUCCCUACUUUUGGGGCAUUGAGAUUGUUUUUUAUAAAUAAUACUAUUCAUGAAUAUUCCUGGCUAUAAAUCUUUGUAUCUCUGAGUAUUUCCUAAAGAUUGGUUUCUCUGAAGGUCAAAACAUCUGACUUAUUUUUUUAGACUCUGGAUAAGAAUCGCCUACUUGUUUUCUAGCUCACAUUCAGCAGCAGCAAGAGAGAGGCCUGUAUCUACUUCAUGGAUAGAUGAUACAGAAUAUCAUCAAAUUAUGACCUGACAUGUCUCUUCUUCGAGGCAUUUGUCUUAUGAAGAUUAUUUUUGCCUCCUUGUGCAAUUAAUUUUAUUAUGUCUUGCAACUAGCACAUAUAAUUCAACUGUGAUUUCCUUGAAUGUUACGCCAAUUUAAGAAUUUGUCAGUGUUUACUUAAAGGGGUAAAAAUCCUCACUGCCUCAAAUAUGUUCAUGACAGAUGUACAGUGAAGGUACUUUUGUCUUCACAAAGGUAUACAUUUGUAGUGAAAUGUACCAGUUCUGUCUUUACUAAUUGAUGGAUUUUUCAAGUAAUAAAAGUAUUUUUUCUUAUCUGAGAAGAAUAAAAAGGAAAUUGUG